GACCUCCUCAUUCAUAUACUGGAACUCCUGGAUGCUAACGGUCUCCGUUCCACCUUGCAUGCCUGCACGCUUUCAACGUGGAUAUCAAAUACGCGCCCGAGGCGAGGACGACGUUCUAAACUGUCCAUGCGACGAAUUCGUGGACGUCAAUAUCUCGCUUCAGCAACAUCCGUAUCUUAGGCUCGAUUGUCUCAUCAUCAGAAGUCUUGAUCGAAUAGGUUCUCAGGUCUUGUACGACCGGAUUAAAACUCUCGUCAAGUUUGACGACGUUAGACCUGAAGGAUACGAGCCAUAGGCCGGACGAGCAAUUCGCUGCGGAAGCAUUUCAACAGUGUGCAUCAACAGUGCAUUCCUCAUCUUGGCCGCCUCUACAGGCUCACCCUGGAUCUUGGCGGUGAUACCUCUACAUGGUCGAAUUCUGACGUCGUGACCAUAAAACCUAAAAUCACUGGAUCUUAAUUGUUGACACGAGCUAUACAGAACCGAAGGCCGUCCGUUGCACCUCCCCCAUUUGUGCUCGUUAACCUUGCGCUUUUCUGAUGAAAUGC